AUGAGGGCAGCUCUCCUAAUCCAACGUUGGUACCGUCAGUACGUGGCACGGCUGGAGAUGAGACGCAGGUGCACCUGGAACAUCUUCCAAUCCAUCGAGUACGCAGGAGAGCAGGAUCAGAUUAAGCUCUACAACUUCUUUGGCUACCUCAUGGAUCACUUCACUCCAGCCAGCAGUGAGCGGAACCUGAUCUCACACAUCUUCCGUGAGAACAACAUCUGCCGUAAUGUAGAUUGGGAGAGGUACUUCUGCUACAAGAGCAUUGAGGUACCAAAGCUGUACUCUGGUCCCCAUCUCUCUUUCCCCAUAACAUGUUCCAAUGCAGCUGAGCUGGUGGAGGCCUUCAAGAACAAACAACAGCUCCAUUCUCGCUAUGUCCUUCAGCUCCUUGGGGAGACCUGGAGGCUGCUGAGGAUCCUCCCCAACAUCAGUCAGAUCUCCACCUGCCACAGCAAGGAGAUCACCAUCUGUGCUCUCCGGCCUCCCAAGAGGAAGAGGCAAAACAGGUCAGGUAUGACGGACUCCGAUCUAGAAGACGAUGACCCAACCGCCAAGCCUGUGGACAGCAGCAGGCGCCGUGUCCACUCCCUGACCCACAGCAGCAGCACGGGGACCAGGCAUGAGGUCCAGCGUCGCUCCCUGCAGGGCCUGAACAACAGGGUGACGUGCUCUGUAGAAGAGGAGCUGAAGGAGAGACGCAGGCAGGCCGGACUUAGCCAGUCCUACGGAGACCUCCGUAACUCCCUGGCUAACUCUGACUCUGACCCAGACUCUGGAGAGCUGCUGGAGUCGUACGGGGACGAGUGGAAACAGAUUGUAGACAUGCUAUGGAGCGACCCCAUGCCCCAGGAUGGCUGUGUCCCCAACGAGGUGCGAGGUGGAGGAUGUUACUGGGGUCCUGAUGUGACAGAAGAGGUCCUGCGACGUCACAACCUCACACUGCUUAUACGCUCACAUGAGUGCAAGCAAGAGGGCUACGAGUUCUGCCACAACCGCAGGGUCCUAACUAUAUUUUCUGCAUCUAACUACUAUGAGGUGGGAAGCAACAGAGGAGCGUACAUCAGGAUGGGUCCUGACCUGGUGCCUCACUUCAUCCAGUACCAGGCCAACAGGGCUACCAGGGCACUCACACUGAGACAAAGUGUUGGGCGGACUGAGCGUUCAGCUCUCAGGGCUUUGAGGGAAAAGCUGUUUGCACAUAAGUCAGACCUUAUCAGUUCCUUUCAAGAAUACGACCCGGAAAAUACAGGGCUGAUCUCUCUGGGCCACUGGGCCUGUGCCAUGGAGGCUGUGUUGAGGCUGGGUCUACCCUGGAGGGUGCUGCGGACUCAGCUAGUGGGAGACACUCUGGAUGGCAUGCUGGACUACCAUCUCUGGUUCAGAGAACUGUCCAUCACCGAGCCCAACACAGAGGUGAGUCUGCUUGAGACCAUGUAUAAGCACCACUCCAACCUGGAGACCAUCUUCAGGAUCAUAGACACAGACAACUCAGGUCUGAUAUCGUUUGAAGAGUUCCGUCAGACGUGGAAGCUGCUUAGCUCCCAUUUGCAGACAGAGAUCAGUGACGAGGCCAUCAGUGACCUGGCCGUCUCCAUCGACUUCAACAAAGACGGCAGCAUAGACAUCAACGAGUUCAUGGAGGCCUUCCGGCUAGUGGGAGGAGACCUACUGCAGAAUGAAGGUGACCCCCACUGACACAUCUUCAAACUGGAAUCUACUCAUUGCAAACAAUGGUCAACAGUACCAUAGUAGGGCUUCCAGCCGACCUACUGCAACAACGGACAUGAUAAAGCACUUCAAGAGGAAAUACAGUAUAUUACUACCAACUGGAAUCUACCCAUUCAAAUCAAUGGCCUAGCCCUGGAGGGGGUCAACAGUAUGAUCGGGCGAGGGCUUCCAGCAACCUGCUGCCACAUUAACAGUAGUCUUGCUUGCCAGCCUCAUGGUGCUCCACCAUGCUGCGGGGAGGGACUACAGGAAUGCUAGUGAAAAAGGAGGGGGAUGAACCUCUUGAGUUUAUUUCUCUGAUACCUACUUCUAGAGAAAAUACACUACAAACUGGGAAUCUACUUAUUCCAAUCAAUGGACCCAUUUCCAGCAUCUCCAAAAGGACAGAUAUUUAGAACCAAUGAGAAAAGAUGCAACAUAGUCAGAAAAAAGAACAAGAUUGAAAAGAUUUUGGGGCAUAUUGAUUAUUCAUACAGGCCUCUCUCAAUAGGUGACCAUAAUAAUAUUAUGACCUAAGGAAAUAUUGAUUCUAUAGAUGAAAACUAUACAGCCAUUGGCUAGUCAUUGUGUGAGAGACCCAGACAGAACACGGGAUAUGGAUUUGCAAAGCAUUCGUUUUAGAAAUGGUGCCUAUGCUUGUGUAACAGAUUAAGACUGUACCGGAUAAACUCACCAACAGACUAAAAUGUUGCUAAUGGUGCCAUUGAAUCAGAUCCUUUUCAGUGUAACAACUGGUUUGUAUGUUGUCAAGCGGGCAUUCAUGGGAGACAGAGGACCCUGGUUCAAGCC